GGAGCAUGCAAAGAUACCUCGGCCUCGAAGGGAUCCUUUUCAUUUGGAAUCCGCGCCUUCCCCCACGUAAUCGAUCACUGCACCCCCGGGGACACCCCGUUCACAGCGGAGCAGGAUCGGGCUUCAUGAACAACCAGAACAUGGUGGCCAGGCUGCUGCAGGAGUGCCAGCAGGCCCUGGACACGCUCCUGUCGGCCACGUCAGAGCCGCGUGAGGAAGACAAGCGGGAAUUCCRGCGGAGCGAAGCUUUGCUUCCCCGCGAGCUGAGGACCCUCCUUGAGGAGGCAAAGGAGAUGAAGUGGCCCUUUGUGCCGGAGAAGUGGCAGUACAAACAAGACGUGGGCCCAGAAGACAAAACAAACCUGCAAGAUAUGAUCAGCGCGAGGCUCCCAGAGUUACUGGCUCACUUGAAGGCCUCCAUCGCGGCGCGGGACUGCGUGACGGCGGCGGCCCUCGUGUUCCUGCUCGACCGCUUCCUCUACUGGCUGGACGCGUCGCGGGAGCUGCUGCGGCUCGCGCGGCGGCUCCACCGGCUGCGGCCCGCCACGCCGCUCGGCCCGCAGCUCCUCAUCCGCCAGGCCCGCCUCGCCGCCAGCGCAGGCAAACUUCUAAAAGCUGAGUAUAUCUUAAGCAGCCUUAUUAAUGACAAUGGAGCAACAGGUACAUGGCGAUAUGCUAAGGAAAGUGAUAGGACUCUUGUUCAGUCAGUCUGCUUACAAAUCAGAGGACAGAUUCUGCAAAAGCUGGGGAUGUGGUAUGAGGCAGCACAGUUGAUCUGGGCAUCAAUUGUGGGAUAUUUCAAACUUCCUCAACCAGAUAAAAAGGGAAUUGCUACUUCCUUGGGUAUUUUGGCAGACAUCUUUGCUUCCAUGAAUGAGAAAGAUUAUGUCCGUUUUAAAACCGAUGCUGAGAUUGACCUGCGCCUCCUUGGAGAGUUCAGCCAUCGUUUAUUAUCAGCUGCAGAGGCCUGCAAGCUGGCAGCAGCCUACAGCCAGUACACCCCGCUCUUCGUGCUCACAGCAGUGAACAUCCGUGGGACGUGUUUGCUGUCCUACAGCCACUCCAGGGACUGUCCCUCGGCAAGGAGAACGUUCUACUUGUGUGAAGCAAAGGAGGCCUUCGAGAUCGGCCUCCUCACCAAGGAUGAGAGCAGCCCUGUCACCAGCAAGCAGGAGCUCCAUAGCUUCAUUAAGGCUGCUUUCUGCCUCACAAGGGUGCAUCGGUGGCUCUAUGGGGAGAGCGGGAAGCUCCGUGACAUGGGUCAGCUCUGUAAGGAAGCCAUGGGGAAGCUGGACGCGUACAGCGCUUCAGCCGCAGAGGAUGGAGACAGGGGAGCACUYGCCAGAGGGAUCAUGGCUCUGGUCGCAUCUGUCAAGAAGGGCUUGCAGGUCCGAAACUUCCCUAAUUCUGACGCCAGGUCCUACGUUCCGGACAGUUACAAAGGCGCCGUGGAAAACCUUACCCUUCGAGGGGAAGCAAACUUUGAGAAGAUCCUUGCACUGCAUUCGCAGUAUCACCUGUCGGUGUGUGAAGUGUUUGAAAAGACUUGCAGGAUUCAUGAGACCGCGCCAGGAGAAGCCAGAAUGGGAGCCUGCAUCACAACCUUCAAAACAGAAACAAAAGGCAUCGACACCAUGUGUACCACUGAGGAAACGGUGGGGAAGGGCAAGGACACUGCCAAGAGACGUCCUGCAUCAGAAACCACAGGUAGCCCGGAGCGACUCCGUGGCCAAACAAGGAACAAACACACUGGCUCCGAUGUGAGAACCAACUCCUUUGAGGAGAUGGAGCCUUUAGAAGGAGAGAUCAGUGAGGAAAAGGGCGUUUGCAGCAGCUGGGGAAAGGGGAGCCGGACACCGACGUCGACGUGGGAGAACUCUUGGUGCAAGGUGUCCAGGUCGAGCUGCUCCUCGAGCUGGGAGGAGCUGCGCUGCAGCGCCGAGGCCCUGCACCCUGCUGCCCCUCCGGAGCAUCGGCCCGCUGCCAGCGCGCCGGCAGCCCCGGCCUCGGCAGGAAGGGUGUCCAUAUCGGAGCACUUCAGCUGUGCUACCACCGAGGAAGAGGAGGAAAAGCCUCAGAAUAGGGGGCAUGGGGUGCACRGGUCUGCCUCGCACCUGGGCCCGGGGCGCAGCCCGGCCGAGCUGUCCAGGAGCAGCCCCGGGAGCGCGUCUCCGUGUCCGUGUCCAUGUCCGAGCCCGCUCGGGGGCAGGGAAGCCGGGGGCGAAGCUGUGGGCGCACRGCUGCUGCGGGACGACGAUUACUGCAGGCUGCUCGCCGGGGCCGAGCACGGCUGGCUGGUCCAGAGACUGCUGCACACGGGGAGCUUUAAGGCUAAACAGCUUCAGAAAGCACACUCUGCACUUCUUUUGAAAUACUCAAGGAAAUCAGGCCUCUGGACAGGCCAGGAAACAGCUGUAUUUAUUGGGGACUACCUCAACGUGGCAAAGRAAGGCCAACAGAGAAGUGCAUUUUGGAUACACUUCCUGCAUCAAGAGGAGAUCUUGGGAAGGUACGUUGGGAAAGAAUAUAAGGAAGAAAAGGGGCUGCUUCAUCAUUUCAGUGACGUGGAACGACAGAUGACUGCCCAGUACUACGUGACAGAGUUCAACAAGAGGCUGUACGAGCAAAAGAUCCCCACGCAAAUCUUCUAUAUCCCUUCUGCAGUACUCCUGAUACUGGAAGACAGAAGCAUAAAAGGAUGUGUGAGUGUGGAGCCCUACAUGCUUGGAGAGUUUGUGAAGCUCUCUAAUAACACCAAGGUAGUAAAGAACGAGUACAAAGCCACGCAGUACGGGCUGGCCUAUGGCCACUUCUGCUAUGAGUUCUCCAAGGGAACAGAUGUUGUUGUUGAUCUACAAGGCUGGGUGACAGGUAACGGGAAAGGCCUCAUUUACCUCACAGACCCCCAGAUUCAUUCUCUUAAUCGCAAGGAUGUUUCACACGCCAACUUUGGGAAGAGAGGAAUUUAUUACUUCUUCAAUAAUCAACACGUGGAGUGCAAUGAGAUCUGUCGUCGCCUUUCUUUAACGAGGCCCGUGAUAGAGCCACCAGUGUAGACUCACAGAAGACAGUCCAGCAGAAAAUGGCCCAGAAAACGGACCAUGUUUUCUCCUGCACACGUUGAGGAAUGCUUUGAGUCUGUGAGAACAGAGCUGCUGAGGCAGUACUGUGUGAUACCUGUCAGUUGGUACCUGGGCAAGCCUGGGGAAGGUCUGAUCUUCAUGUCCAGGCUCGUAAUACCAUCUUGUGUACAAUCUGAACUGUUUUUAUAUGUUUUUAAUGUUUUUAUACCCAUCUAUAAGAAUUAAC